AUGGUGGAUGUCGUGCAGCUACAAAAGGUUCAAACACCAAGAGCUUUGUUUCGGCAACCUCUCGCGUUGCAAUGGUUUCAAGAUGGCGAGCUGGUGAAAAGGAUGGACAAUGAGAGAUCAGCAGGGAGAUUCGAACUUUUCCUGGACCUUCUUUAUGUUGCCAUUCUCGCCAAUUUUGCGGAAAAUUUAGCAGAACAUGCGUCCGGAUCUGCCUUGGUCAAAUACAUCCUAAUUCUUGCCCCCUCAUGGCAUAUCUGGAGCGACCUCCGAGAACUAAUGAACUCGUUCUACAACGACGACCUCGCGCAACGAGUUUUCAUCCUUUGGAUCAUGGCCAUUCUGGUAAUCUACGGAAAUAACGCCAUUCUAGUUGAAGAAGAUAUCGGGGCCAUGCGAGCCACCGUUGGAGCCUACAUGGUCGCACGGUGGUCUUCGAACACAGUUCAUCUCAUCUACUCAUUUUCCAGCUACCAUCAUCGGGCUCAGCAGCGGCUGUGGUUUGUCCUUUCUGGGCUUACGUUAUGCCUCUACAUUCCUUUGUUCAUCGAGGAUUUUUCGAUCCGAAGCAAGAUUGCCGUCGCCGCUGUCGCUAUCACAAUGGAGGAGUGCAUCUGGAUAUUUUCCUACUCACCAGUGGCCAAAAAACUUCUCAAAGCACGCUACACGACCGCAGUCGACAUUGCACACGAAGUCGAUCGAUUUGCUGCUUUCUAUAUUAUUGUCCUUGGAGAAUUUCUCUACCAGAUAGUCGUCCACUCCCCUGCAGCAGUUGGGUUCAAUAUGCGGCUUAUGAGAGCGAUCUGGACUCUCAUUAUUGCUUUCUGUUUGAAUUGGCUCUACGUCCACAACGAUGGCUCACUUGAGUCAGUUCACCCUUACAGACACAACAUCUGGGCGUCUUUCAUGUGGGUCACCAUUCAUCUGCCAUUGGUUGCCAGUCUGCUGGUUGCUGGUCACGUCUCAGCCCUCAGCGCUAGUUUGGAUGAAGUGCAUGAGGGGGAGCUGUGGUUUCUCUGUGGGGGACUUGGAAUCGGGCUCAUUUGCCUAUACCUCAUCGCUUUACUCCAUCGCUCGCAAGACGAACCAGGGACCUUGAUGCUUCCAAAGCUUAUUCGUCUAAUAUUCCGGCCGAUAGCAGCGAUUAUCAUUAUCUGUCUGCCGCUGGCCCAUGACUUGGGUAUCUCGUCCCUUUUAUCCAUCGUCAUGGCGCUGAUUGUCCUCUGCCUCAUAUGGGAAAAUAUCACGUCAUUAAUGCGGGGCGCGAAAUUUUGGGAGAAAUGGGAGAAUACAAAAUAUCCAGAGGGAAGCCAAACUAAAGACCCCUAG